CGUCUUCCAUCCAUUAUUAACUCUUUUAUCUAUUCCUUUUCUUCUCUAACCCAACCAUCAUUACUAUCACCAACCAUCAUCAUAAUUAUUAUCAUCAUCAUCAUCAUCAAACUCUGGCAGUACGUUAUUCAUCCUCGCUUGCUACCCAUCAUGAGAGUAGCUAGCUCGGCCCUCCUGCUGGGCGCCAGCACGGCUGCCUUCGCACAAGACCAACAGAAGGUCCUUGGUGGCAUCAGCGAUGCUGUCAGGAAACCGCUGGGUCACCUUAGCGAAGCCUUUGGUGAGAUGCCAGAUGUUGCUAAGGGUCUAUGGGAUGAAAUGAGCCUCCUUGUUCCUGGAUUCUACGAAAAGGCCGCCAACCUUAUCUCCUACCCCAAAGCUCAUCGACGUCGCCCAGAUAGCGAAUGGGACCAUGUUAUCAAGGGCGCUGAUGUGCAAAGCAUGUGGGUCGAGACAGACGGCGUCAAACACCGAAAGGUAGGCGGUUCUCUCGAGGCCUACAACCUACGAGCUAAGAACGUCGACCCGUCCGCACUCGGCGUAGAUAAGGUUAAGCAGUACAGCGGAUACCUUGAUGACGAAGCUAACGAUAAGCAUCUAUUCUAUUGGUUCUUUGAAUCUCGAAACAACCCCAAGACCGACCCUGUAGUAUUAUGGUUGAACGGCGGCCCCGGCUGCUCCUCCAUGAUGGGACUCUUCAUGGAGCUGGGUCCCUCCAGUAUCAACAAGGACGGCUCGCUCAAGUACAACGACUACUCGUGGAACAGCAAUGCUUCCGUCAUUUUCAUCGACCAACCCGUCAACACCGGCUACUCGUACAGUAGCAACCCUGUCUACAACACCGUCGCCGCAAGCAAGGACAUAUAUGCUCUGCUUACCCUCUUCUUCCACAACUUCCCCGAGUACAGCGAACAGCCAUUCCACAUUGCUGGAGAAUCCUACGCUGGCCACUACAUCCCCGUCUUUGCAUCUGAGAUUCUGUCGCACAAGGACCGCAACAUCAACUUGCAAAGCAUUGCCAUCGGUAAUGGUUUAACCGACCCCUUAACACAAUAUGCCCAAUACCGCCCGAUGGCCUGUGGGGAGGGUGGUUAUGACGCAGUUCUCGACGAGAGCGAAUGCCAGUCGAUGGACAAUGCUCUCCCGCGAUGCCAGUCCCUCAUCUCGAGCUGCUACGAUUCCGAGAGCGUAUGGUCGUGUGUUCCCAGCGCCAUCUACUGUAACAAUGCUAUGAUUGGCCCCUUCCAGCGCACCGGAUACAAUGUUUACGACAUCCGUGAGAAGUGCAAGGACCAAGAGAACCUCUGCUACACUGAAACUGCUUGGAUCAGUAAGUACCUAAACCAGGACAAGGUUCUCAAGGCAGUCGGUGCCGAAGUGCAAGACUACGAGAGCUGCAACACGGAUAUCAACAGGAACUUUUUGUUCCAGGGCGAUUGGUCGAAGCCAUUCCACCGUCUCGUUCCCGACAUCAUCAAGCAGAUCCCAGUUCUUAUCUAUGCUGGUGAUGCCGACUACAUUUGCAACUGGCUCGGCAACAAGGCCUGGUCAGAGGCGCUUGAGUGGCACGGCAAGAAGGGAUUCAACGCUGCCAAGCUAGAAGAUCUCUCUAAGGGCUCCGACAACUACGGUGUAGUGAAGAGCAGUGGCAACUUCACAUUUGCCCGCAUCUACCAGGCUGGCCACAUGGUUCCGUUCAACCAGCCUGAAGGCUCCCUAGACCUAUUCAACAGGUGGAUCGGAGGAGAGUGGUAUGCUAAAUGAUGAGUGGUUUGGCGCUUGUGUGAUUAUUGUUCGUACUAUGUAAUGCAGUCAUUAGAUCAUUGCAGACGGGUAGUCUCAAGUAUCUUUCGGAAUAUUGAUUAGAUUCUCAAACUCUAACAUGAUGAUGGUUCGAUAAAUUUCUUUGGAUAGGGAUAGCAAUACACGGCUCAAAUUGAAAUGUGAAGCCCAUUGACGAUAAUGUUUAUGUAAGGUAGUACUGGGAUUAAUAUCAAGUCAACGAUAUUGAUGAAUAUAUACUUGAUGUUGCAACAGAUAAAUUACGAAUGCCUCGACGCUGUUCGCCUGGAGGUUCCGUACUCAAAGAUCGUUGUAGUUUACUCUUGUCUCAUACGCUCAAGCGAGGCAUCCGGCUCAAGAUCAGGCGUGGAAUCGAACCUGACCGAGCAUUGGCAAAAGACAAUUGCAUGCCAGAUGUUUCCUUUUCGAUAGCUCUUUCAAAGAUACCUAAUCAUAAUCGUCACGGCUGCCUAUCAGGAUGCGGUAGCCUGUAUAUAACAGACGGUGAUAGUGCCUUCUUACCUGUUUGACACUGCGCCCUGUUUCUAUAAUGCAUUAGAGUUCGCAUUAUCUAACCAUUUUUCUUAAAGGAAGCAGGCUUAGGAGAGCGAUGAGUAUCGACACGUAAAGGUGUGCCGUAAGAAGGAAGUUGAAAAUG